GGCCUGCCCCCAUCCACAACUCUCAAAUUUCUAUCCUUUUCUUCUUCUUCCAUCGAUUGCAUUCAAAUAUUGAUCAAUCACGAGAUUAAUUGAUUGAUAUCCAUAUAUAUAUGAUGACCAUCGACCUGCAGCUUCCGGCGGCGGCGUGCGGUGAUCAUCACACAGCAGCAGGGGCAGGGCUGCCGCCGGGAUUCCGGUUCCACCCGACGGACGAGGAGCUCCUCCUCCACUACCUCGGCAAGCGCGCCGCGGCGGCGCCCUGCCCGGCACCGGUGAUCGCCGAGGUGGACAUUUACAAGUACAACCCGUGGGAGCUGCCGGCCAUGGCGGUGUUCGGGGAGUCGGAUGGCGAGUGGUACUUCUUCAGCCCACGCGACCGCAAGUACCCCAACGGCGUCCGUCCCAACCGCGCCGCCGGCUCCGGCUACUGGAAGGCCACCGGAACCGACAAGCCCAUCUCCAUCUCGGAGACGCAGCAGACGGUACUGCUGGGCGUGAAGAAGGCCCUCGUCUUCUACCGCGGUCGCCCGCCCAAGGGCACCAAGACCAGCUGGAUCAUGCACGAGUACCGCCUCGCCAACGCCGCCGCCUCCUCCUCCUCCUCCUAUACUAGUAACAUGAAGCAGCUGGCCUCAUCAUCAUCGUCCAGCUCCAGCAGCGCCAGCAUGAGGCUGGACGAGUGGGUGCUGUGCAGAAUCUACAAGAAGAAGGAGGCCAACCAGCAGCUGCAGCACUACAUCGACAUGAUGAUGGACGACGACAACGAUGACGAACACAACCUGCAGGUGCAGCAGCAGCAGCAGCAGCAGGCUCAAAGCCACCGGAUGCCAAGGCCUCCAUCCAUCUCAGACUACCUUCUCGACUACUCCGACGACCUCCCGCCGUCCACCGAUCAGACGCCAUCUCUGCACCUUGGAUUCACGGCGGUGAACGAGGGCAACAACAAGAGGCACAAAACUAUGGAGGAAUAUUAUUCUAUUUCCAUUUCCACUGCAGAUAUGCUGCAUGCGUCGUCGUCCACGUCCAACAACAAGUCGACGCAAAUCAACUUCUCCUCCAUAUUUGAGCCGCAGACGCCUGCAGCUGCGGGCCAUCAGCUGAUGUCUUCUCACAACGACGACACAUCCAUAUGACCAACCUCCCCCAUCAACUAUCUAAAGCUAGGUUAGCAGAUUCAAUUCGUUCAGUCAUCAUUUCACUACCUACGUUCGUUACGUCCAAGCUUGUUCACAAUUAUUGGAGGGGUUGGAUUUAAUUGAAUUGAAUUCUUGUUCAUCACAAACUGAUAGAUAAUUAAUUAAUAGAUUAAUUGUCAGGAAUGUACAUACAUACAUACAUGUGUACUGGAGUACAUAGCUAGCAAUUAGUGUCAAUUAUAUACGUUGUUGUAAGUCGUUGUAAGUAACAGUUAAUCAUGUGCCAAAUAUAUAGCAGUGUUUUACAACAAAUUAAUUGUCUCUGGGAAUUAACACAAA